AUGAAAUUCACAAUAAAUACUAACGAUACAGCAAAAAUAUCAUUAAAUCAAACUUCUUGGCUCGAAAUACUUCAUCAAAAAAUGUUAUAUUCUCCCAUUGUACCAUCACAUAGUCGAAUUUCACCUCCACGAUAUCAACAACAUCGUAAAACAUUUUCAUACAUACAAAUAAUUGAAAUUAGUUUUCUUUGUUUUAUUCUUAUUGAAAAUCUAAUUAUAUUUAUAAUAACAAAUCGAAAAAGAAAAUUACCAAAACAAACUUUAUGUGACGCUAAUGAUCAACAACAACAACAGCAGCAACAACAACAACAACAACAGCAACAUCGUUCCGUUGUUUUCCUAUCGAAAUCUUUACUCUACAAUUGUUUACAUCCUAAUUGGAUACGCGCAUAUUCAUUCUCUAACAUAUGCCUUUCAUGUGUCUACUUUAUAAUUUUAAUUUUAAAACACUAUCAUCCAAAUCUUUUACAUUAUUCUUCUAUAACAUUUUAUUCUUUGCCAUUAACACUUGCACAACAAAUAUCAAUUAAUUUCAGUACAUUUCAUUUAUUUAUCAUAUCCAUAAGUAUUUUACAAUACUUUAUUCGCUAUUAUCGUUUAUCAAUUACUAAGCAGUCAUUAAAUAUAUCUAGUACUAGCAAUCUUUUAAUAACAAAACAUACAAAUGUUGCUUUAAUUUUAAGUGGUUCAUUAGCACUUAUAUUCGGUUAUAACUAUAUAUUCUAUUCACCAAAAUAUUCAGAAACAAUAAAACUACUGCCAUUAAUUACAUUGAAUACUAUAUUAUUACCAUUAAUUGAUUGUAUUGUAUUCGUUUUCAUUAUUAUCUGCUGUAUUAUUAAUCAAUAUAAAUAUAAUAUUUUAAUAAAACAAGAUUUAUUAUUCGAUAAUGAAUCUCAACAGCAACACUUAGCAAAUAGUGUACGUUCAAUCAUUGAAAAAACGACAUGUAUUAAAUGUUAUUCAAAAUUUUUACAACAAAAUCGAAAUUUAUUUCAAGAUACUAGUGAUCCAUAUACAAAUUUACAUUCAAGAUUUUUUGGUUCCAACCCAACGUCAAGUGCACGGCCAUCUUUAACACCAUCCGAUGAAAAACGAAAAUACUCAGCAAUAUCUUAUGAAAAUAUCCCCAUUAUGGCUAAUGCUCAUUCACGUUUACGUGCAUCGUAUCCAUGUCAAACAACUCGAAAUUUUCUUUCGAAUAAAUCUAAUCAUUCACAACAAGAUUUUUCUAAUGAACAACCAAAUGAUGCAGGACGAAGUUCUGAAAGUGAUUUUUUCUUACAAAGAGCAAUAAUAAAACUAAAACGACAACGUUCGUAUUGUCAUUUAUGCUAUCGUUUAUUAUUAUUAUUUCUACUUAAAUAUGUUCUAUUUACAUUUCCACAACAUUUCAUUCAAAUGAUAUUUCAUUUAAAACAUAUUCCUGAAUAUAUUAUUAAAUAUAAUCUAUCAAAUAAUAACAAUAAUCAGCAACAACAACAACAGCAGCAGACUAGAAGCAUCUCGGAAAAUAUGUUAUCAGAACAUAGCGAAAUAGCUUCAACAGUAUGUCGGUUUCUAUUUUUAAUUGCUCGUUUUGGUGAUAGUUUUUUAUUAACACGUUUACCUAAUUUAAUAAGAAAAUAUUUUCCAUGUUGGUGUCAUUUUAAUUCAAAAUUAUUAUGUAAACAAAAUAAAUAUCAACAACCAUCACAUCAAAUGUUAAUGAGAAAUACAGAUUCACAAAUGAAUGAGCGAGUAUCAUUUGAUGAAGUAUCAAAUUCAAAUAAUCUAUCCAAUCAACAAGAAUUACAUGAACUAAGAAAACAAUCAAACAUUAAUGAAUCUUCUCAUGAAACGCAUCAACAUUUUAGUUUACAUUUUCAAUUUGUUCCUAUAUGGUCAAAUAAACGGAAAAGGAUAUUUAAAGAAAAUUACUGA